AUGACCAACCAGUACAGCAUCCUCUUCAAGCAGGAGCAAGCCCACGAUGACGCCAUCUGGUCGGUGGCCUGGGGCACCAACAAGAAGGAGCUGGCGGAGACGGUGGUCACCGGGUCCCUGGACGACCUGGUGAAGGUCUGGAAGUGGCGUGACGAGCGGCUGGAGCUGCAGUGGAGCCUGGAGGGCCACCAGCUGGGCGUCGUGUCCGUGGACAUCAGCCACACGCUGCCCGUGGCCGCCUCCAGCUCCCUGGACGCCCACAUCCGGCUCUGGGACCUGGAGAACGGCAAGCAGAUCAAGUCCAUCGACGCGGGGCCGGUGGACGCCUGGACGCUGGCCUUCUCGCCCGACUCCCAGCACCUGGCCACGGGCACGCACGUGGGGAAGGUGAACAUCUUCGGGGUAGAGAGCGGGAAGAAGGAGUACUCGCUGGACACCCGCGGCAAGUUCAUCCUCAGCAUCGCCUACAGCCCCGACGGGAAGUACCUGGCCAGCGGCGCCAUCGACGGCAUCAUCAACAUCUUCGACAUCGCGACCGGGAAGCUGCUGCACACGCUGGAGGGCCACGCCAUGCCCAUCCGCUCCCUGACCUUCUCCCCGGACUCCCAGCUGCUCGUCACGGCCUCGGACGACGGCUACAUCAAGAUCUACGACGUACAACAUGCCAACCUGGCGGGCACCCUGAGCGGCCACGGGUCCUGGGUGCUGAACGUGGCCUUCUGUCCGGACAACACGCACUUUGUCUCCAGCUCGUCGGACAAGAGUGUGAAAGUGUGGGACGCGGGGACGAGGACGUGUGUUCACACCUUCUUCGAUCACCAGGAUCAGGUCUGGGGGGUGAGGUACAACGGAAACGGCUCAAAAAUCGUGUCGGUUGGAGACGACCAGGAGAUUCACGUCUACGACUGCCCCAUCUGA